AUGACCCGCGACGGGAGUGCUGCGCUCAGCGCACCAAAAGAUCGAACCUUCAGUGGCAGCUUCCGUUCAGGCUCUCCCCUUGCCGAAAGAGCCAUUGCGAGAGAUCUCGAGGAAUAUGACGACGAUCAAUCCGUGCUCACCGCUGACGAUGAGACUUCCGAGGUUUCGACAAUCCGUCCAAUACACAGCCAGCCUCAUUCCCUAGCUGGUUCUUACCAGCGACCUAGUUUCUUCACGACGGUCUCCCAUGCGACUGUGGUGCCCCAUCGCCCGGACCACGAAGGACUAACACGGCGCGAGCGCGAACAAGCCAUCGAAGACGAGCGGGAGCUUCUGUGCGAUAACAAUUGCCUCGACCCGGGUCCUGCUGGUAAACGCCGAAGGUCAGAGGGUGCCUCCGCUGCAGAAACGACCGCUUUGCUGGGUGGAGGUGGCGGCAACUCCGGAUACAAUACCGUUGAUGCGGAGGAUAUUGAUCGGAAGUGGGAGGAAGCUGUUAUUGCAGGCUUGAUUCAGACUACAUGGAGACGAGAAGCGAAAGUGAUAGGCAAAAACGCGGCUCCUCUUGUGGUUACUUUCCUGCUCCAGUAUUCCUUGACCGUAGCGAGCAUCUUUACCCUAGGUCAUCUUGGUAAGACGGAGUUGGGAGCGGUUAGUCUUGCGAGUAUGAGUGCAAGUAUCACAGGUUAUGCAGUCUAUCAAGGUUUGGCGACCAGCUUAGAUACCCUUUGUGCGCAGGCGUACGGCUCUGGAAAGAAGAAGCUCGUGGGAUUACAGAUGCAGAGGAUGGUCUUUUUCUUAUGGGUCAUUACUAUCCCUAUUGCGCUACUGUGGUACUUUGCCGACAAGAUAUUGAUCAGGAUCGUGCCAGAGGAGGAUGUAGCUCGGAUGGCAGGUCUAUAUCUGAAAGUGGUUGCUCUGGGAGCUCCGGGCUACGCGUGCUUUGAAAGUGGAAAGCGCUUCGUACAAGCACAGGGGAUCUUCUCGGCAUCGCUAUAUGUCUUGCUUAUUUGCGCACCGCUUAAUGCUUUUAUGAACUGGCUGUUUGUCUGGGUAAGUUCGUUCCUUUAUGCAGGCGUCACCUCGCUGACUCGUACUGUAGCACUUCGGUUGGGGUUUCGUUGGCGCGCCUAUUGCCGUGGCCAUCACGGACAAUCUGAUGCCUCUUUUUCUGUUCAUCUAUGUGUACUUUGUUGCCGGAUCAGAGUGCUGGAAUGGGCUGACAAGACGCGCUCUGCACAACUGGGGUCCGAUGAUUCGCUUGGCCCUUCCAGGACUGCUAAUGGUGGAGGCAGAGUGUCUCGCCUUCGAGGUCCUGACCCUGGGCUCCUCGUAUCUAGGAACAACCCCAUUGGCAGCGCAGUCAGUCCUGGCCACGAUAUCCUCCAUCACCUUCCAGAUUCCCUUCACCCUGUCAAUUUCCGCCAGCACUCGAGUCGCAAACCUGAUCGGAGCCAGCCUCGUCCCAGCCGCUCGAGUCACAGCCAAGGUAGCCAUGUGGGGAGCAGUCAUUGUCGGCCUGGGCAACAUGAUCCUCAUCUCCUCACUCCGCUACUACAUCCCGCACCUCUUCACCUCCGAGGAAGAGGUCGUCGAGCUCGUCGCCCGAGUCCUACCCCUCUGCGCAGCCUUCCAGCUCUUCGACGCCCUAGCAACAAACUGCAACGGAAUCCUUCGCGGGCUCGGAAGACAGGAGAUUGGUGGGUACGUCCAGCUGUUUUGCUACUAUGCGAUUGCCAUGCCGAUUAG